UUUUCUAGUCCUUCCGUUUUCUUUUUACACUUUACCAAAAAACACGACGGAAUCGAUGAAAAUGGCGGAUAAAAAUUUGCCAUGGGGCUUGAUAAACGACAAAAUAUCACCAGGAUCAGCCAAGACAAUAUCUGAGAGUAAACUAAAGGCAUUUGAAGUUGGAACCAUGAAUAUCGGUAAAAAGUCAUUGUCAAAACGAGAGCAAGAGGAACUUAGAAAAAAGCAAGAUGAAAAAGCAACAGCAGAAGUUUACAAGGAGUUCGUGGCAUCAUUUGAUGACGCGGGGAAGCUGAACAAGACAUGGGUUAAAGGGGGGACAUUUAACCCAGAGAAAAGUACAAAGGACAAAGGCGGAGGGAAAACAAAGAUCUAUAAGCCAACUUCUAAACUUGCUGAGUUGGCAUCUACGUUCCAAUCUGUGAAAGAGGCCAAGAAACAGGAUGAUUUUAUGGAUGAUUCACUGAGACCACCUGUUCCUGGCAAGAAGAAGACUGAAUCAAAGAAGAAGAGUAACCUAGAGAUUUUUAAGGAAGAGCUAAAGCAAAUGCAACAGGAGAGAGAACAGAGGCACAAAAUGAAGAAGAUGAGGAACCAGCCCCCUGACCCUGGGAUCCUCACACCCCCCAUGGAAGAUCCCUCUAGGGCCUCCAAGUUUGAACCCAUGCCUGCAGACUUUAACAUUGCAGAUAUGAAACUUGGGCCAUAUGAUCCAGUAGAUGAAACGACUACAAAUAUUUAUGUUGGAAACAUAAACCCCAAGAUGACAGAGCCUGAGCUCUGUGAGAUCUUCGGUCGGUUUGGUCCCCUGGCCAGCGUGAAGAUCAUGUGGCCCCGCACAGACGAGGAGAGAAGCAGGGGACGAAAUUGUGGUUUUGUGGCUUUCAUGAAUAGAAAGGAUGGAGAAAGAGCUCUCAAUGCAUUAAAAGGCAAAGAUAUUAUGCAGUAUGAGAUGAAGUUAGGGUGGGGUAAGGCUGUGCCUAUCCCUCCCCAUCCAAAAUACAUCCCCCCGGCUUUAGCAGAGAUGACCCAGCCCCCACCCCCCUCAGGAUUACCAUUUAAUGCCCAGCCCUCGAGAGGAAGGGAUCGCAGAGGAAAAGGCCUGGGAAAAGUCCCUCCCCCACUGGGCCGAGAGGAGGAGGAGGGUGGAGAAAAGAGUUUAGCCAACGCUGUUGUCAAGGUGGUUAUCCCUACAGAAAGAAACCUGCUGAUCCUGAUUCAUCGCAUGAUCGAGUUCGUCGUGCGCGAGGGUCCCAUGUUUGAGGCCAUGAUCAUGAACAGAGAACUCAAGAACCCACAGUUUAGAUUUCUAUUUGACAACAUGAGUCCAGCACAUACCUACUACAGAUGGAAGCUAUUUAGCAUUCUACAGGGAGAUUCCCCAUACAAAUGGAGGACAGAGGAGUUCCGAAUGUUCAAGGGGGGAUCCCUGUGGAAGCCACCGCCUAUGAACCCAUACACACAGGGCAUGCCAGAGGAACUGGUACAAGAAGACUAUAUGGAGAAAGUGGUCGAACAACAGACUCCCUCAGGGCCCAAAAAGGGGCAACUUACAGACAGUCAAAGGGAUAGACUAGAGGACAUGCUGAGAGAAUUGACCCCGGAGAGAACAAAGGUUGGAGAUGCCAUGGUGUGGUGUUUAGAUCACGCUGAGUCGGCAGAGGAGAUCGUUGAGUGCAUCACAGAGUCACUGUCCAUUCUACAGACACCAAUACCUAAAAAGAUUGCCCGGCUGUUCCUGGUGUCGGACAUCCUGUUUAACAGCAGUGCCAAGGUUCCCAAUGCUUCCUUCUUCAGGAGGUGUUUUCAGCAUAAACUUCAAGACAUAUUUAAAGAUGUCCAUGAAACCUAUGCAGGCAUUGAUGGACGGCUAAAAGCAGAGCAGUUCAAGCAAAAAGUAAUGUCUUGUUUCCGAGCUUGGGAAGACUGGGCAAUUUAUCCUAACGAUUUCCUGAUCAACUUACAAAAUGUUUUCUUAGGACUCAUUCCUUCAAAGUUACAGAUGGAGGAUGAAGACAUUCGGCAUGAGUCAGACAUUGAUGGAGCUCCCAUUGAAGAUCUGGAUGGUCUUCCUCUGGACUCCAAGGAGGUGGAAAUCAAGACCAUUGAUGGCAAACCCCUGGUGGAGGAUGUGGAUGGGGACAGUUACACGGAAGAAUUAGACGGAGCACCUUUGGAAGACAUUGAUGGAAGUGUAAUGGAACCAGAAAAAGAGAGGUCUCCUCCCCAGCCCAGGUUUGCCAGCUCAAAAUGGGAGACAGUUGAUGAAGCCGAGUUAGAGGCUCAAGCUAUGACAACAUCCAAGUGGGACUUGUUGGAUCAACAGGAUGAGGAAAGAGAAGAUACGCAGUCAUCUAAAAUCGAGGAGUCGGAGGAUAUCGACGGAGCACCUUUAGAAGAUGAAGGGGCCUACUCUGACAAUGAUGACGAUUUCAGUAAAAGUUUUGAUGGCUCCAAGCAAGAAAUGACAGAGGAGAGGAGAGCGAAACUAAGAGAAAUAGAGCUCAAAGUGAUGAAAUACCAGGAUGAGAUAGAGAGUGGAAAGAGAUCUCGGAAAUCUCACAUGAAUAUCUCACAACAGGUUGAACACUACAGAAAGAAACUUUUACAAAAAGAAGUGCUAGAUUCUCCCGGUGGAAAGGAGAGGAAGCGGCAUCGAUCCCGGUCAUAUUCUCCGGACUCCAAGUCAUACUCCACGAGUCCAAAACGCAGCUCAUCUAAAAGAUCUCGAAGUCCUAAAAGGUCACGGAGAUCUAGAUCAAGGUCACCUCACAAACGCUCAUUAUCAAGAAGCCCUAGUCGCCAUCGUAGGAAAAGCAAGAAAAAUAAACAUAGUAGAGACUAACAAAUAUCACCCAUCCCAUCAUGCAUUGUAAUUACCCAUUCAUUGUUGUCUAUCAUUUCUAUGCAUUAGUAACAGGUGUUCUGUAAGAUUUUGACUUUUUUCUUGCAAUACUAUUUGUUUUUGAUCAAGAUGUGUCCUCUGCAAGAAAAUUAACAAGUAAUUUGGUAGUUUAGAAACCAAGUAAUUGAAAAGAUGUCAAAUUGAUAUGCUUUAUAAGACAUUUUUAUUUUGACAUUUCUUUUAAUACAAAAGGAAAGCAUGUUGGUGCUCUUCCAAAGAUGAAAAUAAUCAUGAGAUCAUUAACCAUAAAACCUGAAACAAACUACUUACAGAAUGACAUUGAUGAAUGUGUAUGCUUUCUGAGUGAUCUUUGAACAUUCAGCAAUGGGCAUUAAAUGAGUACAAAUGAAAUAUGAAUAGCAGGAAGACUAUGAAACUAAGAGAAUGAGUGCAAUUCUGAGAGCGUUUUUCGUUGGUAGUGGCUGCUGUACCAUUCAAGAUGAUAGAACCCUUUCUCUCUGUCUUGUUGCUGAGAUAUUGCAGUGGGAUAUCUGUAUUUGUAUCAUAAUUUAUGCAUGUAAAUAAGAAAUCAAAUUGUAAAUACUGAAUGACACAAUUCUUGAGAUAUAUCUAAUACUGUGAGUAAUAAAUCAGGAGAACAAAUCA